GUUGACGGUGACACCAGCUGGACACAUGUGAGUGACAGCGUCGUCGUGGAAACGGAGCAAUGCAGCGGCUGUACAUCGGUGGCUUGAGCCACACAAUCACUCAGAAGGAUCUGAAGGAUCGAUUCGGGAAGUUUGGAGACGUGCAGGAUGUUGAGCUACGGACCAGGAGAGACGAUGAGGGAGUUCCUUACAAAACCUUCAGCUACAUCAACAUCAACAUUUCAGAAGCUGACCUGAAAAGAUGUAUGACGGUGCUGAACAAAUCCAAAUGGAAAGGAGGAACUCUGCAGAUUGAAAAUGCCAAGGAGAGUAACCUGCAGAGACUAGCUCAGGAGCGUCAGGAGGCGGAGGAGCAGCGCCUGCAGCCGCCUGCAGCUGAAGACAAGAGGAAGAAGCUGCUCGACUCCCUGAGCAAAGCCGGCGUGGACAACUUCCACAUGAACGCUGCAGUGCCAGGGACCGAAGUCCCGGGUCACGAGGACUGGGUGGUCAGUAAGUUUGGACGAGUCCUCCCCAUCCUGCAGCUCAGGUGUCGGAAAGGCAGCAAAGCUCGAACCCUGAACUACGACCCGUCCAAAUACAGCCACAACAUCCGCAAGCUGGACAAAGGCGAAGAGGACCAGCACACCCCCGUCACCCAGCUCACCUGGGAGGUGCCGGGAGGGGACGAUGACAUCAGCAAAAAGAGGCGGGGCGAGUUCCCUCCAUAUGUGCCACCAAAACCCAAAAAGAGUCGGAAAAGCGUGACCAGCUCCAGUGAUGCAGUGAGCACGACCAGAUUGGAGCCGAUUGUUCAUUCCAUUCCUGUCCCUAUCACUGUCCCUAUCACUGUCCCUAUCACUGUCCCUAUCACUGUCCCUAUCACUGUCCCUGUCACUGUCCCUGUCACUGUCCCUGUCCCCGAGUCCAAACCUGAACCUGUCAGCAACGGAUUUCAACUCCCAACCAAACAAAGACCGCCUCUGAGGAGGUUGAUGCCUUUCAACAGCUACGAUUACGAUUCGGACGACGAAAUCCGCAUGCUGGUGGCCAAUCAGAACACCUCCCAUGUUGCACUGAGCCAGGAAGUGGAGGAUGAUAAACUGGAAGUGGUUGGAUUAGACUACCUGGUGAAGUCGGGACGUUCCUGUGAGAAAGACGAGGACGACUAUGAUUCUGCUGACACAGAUGAACUCUUUGCAUCCAGGAAACCUCCUCCUCCUCCAGUUCUUCCUCCUCCAGCUCCAUCGCAAGAGAAACAGACACAGCCCACUGCAGAAAACAGCUCAGGGAACAACAAGGAUAGGAAGAAAAAGGUGAAGAGGAAAAGUAAAGUUCAUGUAGCAGAAGAGGAGGAGGAGGAGGAAGAGGAGGAGGAGGAGGAUUCAGCCGAUGCUGAAGAUCAUAUAACUUCUGCCCCUUCUCAGAAAAAAAACAGCAAGUCAGCAGUUCUCCCUGUUGUGAAGUCCUCUUCCUCAGAGUCUGAUGAUGAUGAAGAUGAUGAUGAAGAUUAUGAAGCCAUGUUUUCUAACGUCACCCGCCUGGAGAUCUCCAUGGCUGAUCUACAGAGGCUAGCUGAAGAAGCCACGCAGACCUCUGAGACUACAGCUCCCAGCAUCCCUAGCGUCAGCACCGAAAAAGAAGCUAACCUCAUAUCUGGCGUCACAAAACAACCCGCACCCAAGAAAGGCACAACGCCAGAGGAGAUCCUCGCCUCCCUCAUGAAGGGCUACUGCAGCGAUGAUGACAAGAAGAAGAGGAGAGGGAUGCUGCCCGCCUUCCAGGGAACAAAAACAUUGUACAAGGGAUUAGAAACAAACGACUGCCAGAAGAGACAGAGAGAGGAGGAGCAGCAGCAGGAGGAGAGAACAGGAAGUGUGGUCAAAAAACACAAGCUGCACUCCGAAGCUCCUCAAGUGGACCAGAAAGCAGCUGAGAGCAAAACCAGUAAAAGUUUGAUCAAAGGAAAACACAAAGAAACAAAGAAGCCAGAGAGCAGUGAGGAGGAGGAAGAGGAGGAAGAGGAGGAGGAGGAGGAGGAGGUGGAGGUCGUGAAGAACGUGAAGAAGAAGGCUGCUACUAAAGUUCCAAAUAAAUCUGCUGUUAAUACUGAGAAACCAGAGACAAGUCCCUCCUCCAGCAGUGAAGAGGAGGAGGAGGAGGUGGAGGUCGUGAAGAAGAAGGCUGCUACUAAAGUUCCAAAUAAAUCUGCUGUUAAAACUAAGAAACCGGAGACAAGUCCCUCCUCCAGCAGCGAUGAUGAUGAUGAUGAGGAGGAGGAGGAAGUGAAGGUCGUGAAGGUCGUGAAGAACAAGGCUGCUACCAAAGUUCAAAAUAAAUCUGCUGUAAAUACUGAGAAACUGAAGAAGGCCAGUCGGGCUGUUCCAUCAGCAAAGACUUUACCUUCAUCCUCCAGCUCCUCCAGCUCCUCCGGUGAGGAAGAUGAGGACGAACGAGAGAUUGUCUCUUCCAAAGUUGUUGGGAAAAAAGCAACUCCCCCUGUUCCUCACAGCAAGUCGUCCUCUUCCUCUUGCUCCUCCUCCAGCGACGAGGAGGAAGAGGAGGUGCAGGUUCCCUCCCGGGUGAAGUUAGGAGCCAAGGAGGAAGAGGAGCAGCAGAGGAAGGCCAACGUGAGGAGACUCGCUGCCGUCCAGCAGAGACUGAAGGAGGCCGAAGAACACAAGAAGCUCAUACAGGGAGCUCUCUCCAACGUGGAUACUCCAAAAUCAGGAGCAGGAAAACAUAUUGUCUUUGGCUCUGAUGAUGAGGAGAAUGAUGAUGAAGAUGUGCAGCAGAAAACCUCAGAUGUCACAAAGUCAAAAAAGAAGACCCUGCUCAAGGACAGCCAAUCAGAAUCAGAGGACGAGACCACGGAUGAUGAGGCUUCAGCCAAUGAGAAGAGCCAAACAAAAGAGAAGGUGCGUCAGAAGCAGUCAGGCCCUCAGCUGUUUGGCGGCAGUGAUGAUGAUGAAGAGGGUGGUGAUGAAGAGCAGGAUGGAAGCAGAUUUGACAUCAGACCUGAGUUUGAAGGUCGAGCCGGUCAGAAGCUGAUGAAGCUACAGUCUCACUUCGGGGCAGACGAGCGAUUCCGAAUGGAUUCUCGCUUCCUUGAUGAAGACGACGGCAAAGACGAAGAGCCAGAGAUGAAGAUGACAGAGGAUGAUGAGGCUCUGGAUGAGGAGAGGAAGAAGAACCUGUUCAUCAUGCAGAGCGUCCUCGGCAGCAGCCAACAAACCUGCACCACCAAGACUGCCGGCAAAGCCAAGACCUUCAGAGACGUGUCGGCGCUGCACUACGACCCGAGCAGAGAGGAACAUGCUGCGUUCGAGACCAAACCAGAGGAAAACAAAGAGAGCAAGUCGGCCAGGAGGAAGAAGAGGGAGGAGGCUCAGAAGCUCCCGGAGGUUUCUAAAGACAUUUAUUAUGACGUGUCUGGAGACCUGAAGGCCGUGUUUGGUUCGACAAAGGAUGAAAUCGCCGAAGAAGAAGUAGAAGAACAACAAGAAGGAGAAGAAGAAGAGGAAGAAGAGAAGACAACCUGGGACCAAAAAGAGGUAGAGGAAAAUAGAGGGAAUGAAGAAGAAGAGGCGCCGACUCCAUUGACGUCUGUCGUCUCUGCUGAGGCAGACAAACAGGAAUCUGGAUUUAAAUUCUCCUUCUUUGAAGACGAUGCAGAAAAAGAGAGUAAAGAAACGGCAGAGUACAAGGUGGAGAAUAUCCAGGGUCCAAAGGUGUCAUGGCAACAAGACCCUCGUUUCCAAGACAGCAGCUCGGAGGAGGAGGAUGAGGAUCAGGAGAUGGUUGAGGAGCAGAUCAGUUCUACACCUAAAACCACAGAAGCAGAGACUCCUGCAAAGACCGGUCUCCUCUUCUUCUUCUACCCUGAGGACAGCAGAUUGGCAGAGGGCCCAAGGUUGUUCUGUCGUCCCUCUCAGCUGGAGGAGCAGAUGGAGCAGUGGGACGAGCGGAGGACCACACUCAGACAGGAGUAUCGCAAGAAACACAAGGACGCCCGGAGAAAGCUGAAGGUCUCCCUGAAGAGCUGAGGAUGAUGGGAAGUCUGUUUCAGUUUGAUUACUCUGGUCUGGACUUUACAGUUAGCAGAUUUAUUUCCUCUCGUUUGAUUUGUUCUCAGACUGAUUUCAACAGUCAACAGGAGAGAGAACAAACAGCAGCUGAAGACGCAGACUUGAAGCAAAACAUCGAGAUCAUCAGAAUAUAAAAUGUGUUUUUUUAUUCCAGUAAAUCCUCAGAUAUAUUUUGCAAUCAGAGCCUCCUGUUGUUCUUGUUAGUUUCCUGAAUGAGUCAGCAGCAGAUACAGAGGAUCUAACGAAUCGAGAUUGAAUUUAAUAAUAAAAUGAAUAUCAAAGGUC